AUGUCGGGUGGAGCAACACCAACGCUGCUCAUUGUGAUGGGAACUUCGGGGUCAGGCAAAUCGACGGUUGGGUCUGCAUUAUCCGCCGCGCUCCACUGCCCCUUUGUCGAUGGCGACGAUUUGCACCCGGCUUCGAACGUCGAGAAGAUGUCGCAGGGACACCCGUUGAACGACUCGGAUCGGGAACCGUGGCUGAUCAAGAUCCGGCAGACGGGGUUGGAGCUGGCCACCACGCAGGCGCAACCGCAGGUCGAGAGCGCAGAUACACGCAAGCUCGCCGAGGUGUACGAGACGUCCCAAUCUCAAACUACGCCUUUGGACCAUUCCGCUGCGGCGGCCGUCUCUACCACCGAAGCCAAGCCACAAGCUAAAGUCAAAGAGGAUGGUGGUAAAAAAGCGGCAAAGCUAGCCAUCAUCGCAUGUUCGUCGCUCAAACUCGUCUACCGACGCCUCCUGCGCGGCACCAUCCCUUCCCUCACUCACCCCUCCGCCCUCCACCCGGAACCCUCAUCACAGCCCUCCGAUUUGCGAACUAUCCACAUCUACCUCGACCUCUCACGCGAGCUGCUCGAGGAGCGCAUGCGCAAUCGCAAGGGUCACUUUAUGAAGCUCGACAUGCUCUACUCUCAGUUGGAUACGCUCCAGGUGCCUGACCCGGGGACGGAGCCGGGGGUCAUUGUGGUCAAGGUCAAGAGAGAGACAAGUACAGACGAUAUCGUGAGCGAUGCGGUCGGGCAGUUGCGGGCGUUGGGCGUGGUGUGA